AGUUCAAGACGCCAAGACAAGCCAAUCCUAUUUUUGAAAACAGGCACUUUUUGUUGCUUGCAGCGGUUGCAUUGUUGCAGCUCGAUCGAGACGUCCUUAUCAAUUCCUUAUCUGUACGUUUUGUUUUAUCAAUUAAAUUCGGACCUGCGAUUAUAAAAUGACCGCAGUCAACAAUCAGUGCUAAGUCUUCAGUAGGAGAGGGAUGAAGGUGCUCAAAACGUAUGGUCGGAAGUUCAAGACUAGUUUUCUGGAAGUCGGCAAGUCCAGUCGUCCAUGGAGCCCUGAAGUCGUACGGGUUCGCAGUCCCAAUGAUCGUUUCGAGACCAUCUUCGACAGCUUGCAGGCAAAGUCGAAGAGCAAGGUUAAAGCAGCUGUCGUGACCACAGACACAUCUAAGGGCAAUGAUGACAAGCGGCAAGCCUCGCCCUGUGGUCUCUUUGAUCUUACCUUGGCAAGCAAGACAGAGGAACGCAGCCCUUUGGAUAAUUUCUGUGUCUACGUUUCGAGCAGUUCGCCCGAGCUCAGGCCGCCAAAGAUCAGGAGGGCGAAGCGGCGAAUGACCAUCCAGUCACCAGGGUCUUCUGAAUCCUCCAGUAGUGUGGCGCCUGCAGUCUCAAGAAAAAAGAAACGAGGACGGCCAAAAGCAAAGCCACCGCCAGCCAAGCGGCGGGUCAGACCGAGACGAGUAGACGCGGCUCCCGUGAGACAUGCUCUGCGUGGAGCUCGAUUCGAAUCAUCAGAAACCGCUACGAGCAGUGGACUGGGAACCGGAAGCUCCAGUAGAAAUUGGGACAGACGUGAGAGCGUUGCAGAAAUUGCGUCUGACCCCGCCAUAGCGAUGCUGCAAAAAGAAUUCAGCAUGAUUGAGAAGCACGAACUUGCGACUGAAGCUUGCAGGUCUCGCGGAACUCGUGGCGCCGACGUAAGCAAAAGUUCCGUGCCGUUGUUGCUGCUUCCUGAAAGUGGCUCAAGUUGGGCGACUGCUCGUAGGAAAAGACGAGAACGUGGCAUUGCAGAGGGGUCCUCGCAGAGUCCGCCUGAAAGUCGGAAGAGAAUGAAGCGCUUGAGUUCGGAGAGAAAGAGGACAGUGCCGCAGGUUGAGAGCGGAAAUGUCGUUGAGAGCAUAUCGGGAGGAUAUCUCGCAUCCGGUCACACGCCGCUGGCAGAAGCUGUGUUGCCACGUCUCGGGGAACGCUGGUCGCCCAAUUUUGCCAGCACGCCUGCACCACAGCAUCUGCAGAAGGAGGUGGUUCGUGGCAAGAAGGCGUUUUUCCUCAACCUCCUUGACCAGAGUUCGCGGGCAUCCCUUGCAGAUAGGACAAACUCGAUUCUUGCCAAUGACUCCUUCGCCUGCAUUACACAGCACGAACCAGUAGAGAUGUUGAGGUCGAGGGUUGGCUGCGACGUGCCGAGCGAGAAGGACAAGGACCGAAAUUCAGAGUUACAGGAUGUAACAUGGAACCUUCAUCAGAAGGACGUCCCUCCCGGGAAGUUGAGUCUUUUAAAGGGGCUCCGUGUCACCCUGGUGGAUCUUGCCACAGAGAGUUCGGAAGGUGACAGAUGCAAGCCACAAAAGCUGUCGUCUGAUCUUGCUCGACAAGAUUCCUCAAAGAAGAUUGUGUUGAAAGAACUGCGAGUGAACCUCACGGAUAUUCUGUCUCAAACACAAGGUAAGUUGAAAUCCGGUGGCAAACAGAGAGUGGCAAAAAGGAGCAAAAGCAACGGCUCCAGUCGGGACGUAUUAACGGAGAUCCUUCAGAAAUAUAUGCGUGUCGGGCUCACAGACAUUUCACCACAGUCCAAAUUUUAUCCCCAAGAACGUGCAACAGCAGCGGCCACAAGUACAAAUGCCACAAGCACAAGUGCCACAAGCACAAGUGCCACGAGCACAAGUGCCGCAAGCCCAAGUGCCGCAAGCCCAAGUGCCUCAAGCUCAAGUCUCACAAGUUCAAAUGCCGUGAGCUCCAGUGUCACAAAAAGUCUGGCGCUGAGCAGACGACAGUCAGAUGCCUCAUCUUCCAACUACCUCAGCAGCCAAAAUUCCUCGGCAGAGAUCCUUCCAAGGAACCCACAAGGCAACCUCACAGACACUUUGCCCGAUAUCAAAAGUCUCCCGAGCUCUUCCUCCAGGCGGGAACCCUCCAUGUUGUGUAGGAAUGCGGGGUCCAGUACAAGCAGAGGCCUGAUGGUCAACGGACUAACUUCGAACCUUCAGUGUUGGAACAUCUCAACAGAUUUUGGAUUGAGGGAAGUACGAGUCAACCUCACGCGUCUGGCACCCCAGAUAGAAGCUAAUCUCGGGAAGUCACCGCUGGGGGAAAGUGGGAACAUUGUUCGAAACGACUCUUCAGGUACUGACUCCACAAUUCUGAAGCUAAGCUGCGUCACUUCGAUGGUAGCAGACAACACUGGGUUGCAAGUCGUGCAAGCAGACAGACAACGUCGUUUUUCGGAGCUAAGCGAGGAUCACGUAGAAGAGUCACUCAAGAAACCCUCUUUGCAAGAAACCAGAGAAAACAAACUACCAAAGGCAAGGGUCGUCUCUGGGCCCAGCUGCAUUGCUGCUGCUUCUCCACUCCAGAGAGAAGCUUCGUUGUCCGUGCGCAGAAGUAGCCUCAUCUCGAGAAGGCCCAAGACUUGGGCCUCAAUACCGAGGAAGAGCAUCCUACCUCCUCUGGCCCCAGAUCCUUUUGAAAUGCUCCUCGACUUCUGCCGCCAGGAAGAAGCCCUCACGUUCGACCAAGCACUCAACUUCAAGUAAGUAACACGUGAUGUUUCGUCCCACAAUACCAAUAUGUGCGCACUGCAGUUAUCCAGUUCAGAGCUGGUUAGUUCGACUGAAGUGUUCUGCUUCUAGAUGCAAAAACAUGCUUCCGAGGUGUGCCUCGGACGCCGUCUGGCUGCGUCCUUGUCUGGCCACAGCAUGAAAACCAAGAAUGGAUAUUUGAGUGUACUUGAAUCAAAUCUCUAAGCAGUGUUCCAAAAGCAAAAAAAAAAAAAAA